CGGGCGGCGGGGCGGCCGCGCAGUGUCCGGGAUCCAGGCCUGGCCAGGGUUGUGCGCGCGGCCGGCCGGCUCUGCCCGCACUGGUGUCGGCUCCCGAGUGGGGCCUCGCUCGGCCUCCCCCAUGUGACGGCGCCCCGCGGAGCCUGAGCGAGCAGCGGGUCCGUGCGGAGCCGGAGGCGGGAGGAACAUGACAUCGCGGAGGUGGUUUCACCCCAACAUCACUGGUGUGGAGGCAGAGAAUCUCCUGCUGACCAGAGGAGUUGACGGCAGUUUUUUAGCACGGCCCAGUAAGAGUAACCCUGGAGACUUCACUCUGUCCGUUAGAAGAAAUGGAGCCGUUACCCACAUCAAGAUUCAGAACACAGGAGACUACUAUGACCUGUAUGGCGGGGAAAAGUUUGCCACCUUGGCUGAACUGGUCCAGUAUUACAUGGAGCAUCACGGGCAGCUGAAAGAGAAGAAUGGAGAUGUUAUUGAGCUCAAGUACCCACUGAACUGUGCAGACCCUACCUCUGAAAGGUGGUUCCAUGGUCACUUGUCUGGAAAGGAAGCAGAGAAACUGCUAACGGAAAAGGGUAAGCAUGGCAGUUUUCUCGUCCGAGAGAGCCAGAGCCACCCUGGAGACUUCGUUCUCUCCGUCCGCACUGGUGACGACAAAGGGGAGAGCAAUGAUGGCAAGUCCAAAGUGACCCACGUCAUGAUCCGCUGUCAGGAGCUGAAAUACGACGUUGGUGGAGGAGAGCGCUUUGACUCUUUGACAGACCUGGUGGAGCAUUACAAGAAGAACCCCAUGGUGGAGACUCUGGGCACAGUCCUGCAGCUCAAGCAGCCUCUCAACACGACACGUAUUAAUGCUGCUGAGAUCGAAAGCCGGGUUCGAGAGCUAAGCAAGCUAGCCGAGACCACAGAUAAGGUCAAGCAGGGCUUUUGGGAAGAAUUUGAGACGCUACAACAACAGGAAUGCAAGCUUCUCUAUAGCCGAAAAGAAGGACAGAGACAAGAAAAUAAAAACAAAAACAGAUACAAAAACAUCCUGCCCUUUGAUCACACUAGGGUUGUCCUGCAUGAUGGGGAUCCCAACGAGCCUGUUUCUGAUUACAUCAAUGCAAACAUCAUCAUGCCUGAAUUUGAAACCAAGUGCAACAAUUCAAAACCCAAAAAGAGUUACAUUGCCACUCAAGGAUGCCUGCAGAACACGGUGAAUGACUUCUGGAGGAUGGUGUUCCAGGAGAACUCUCGAGUCAUUGUCAUGACCACAAAGGAAGUGGAGAGAGGGAAGAGCAAAUGCGUCAAGUACUGGCCUGAUGAGUAUGCGCUCAAAGAAUAUGGGGUCAUGCGUGUUAGGAAUGUGAAAGAAAGUGCCGCUCAUGACUACACCUUAAGAGAACUCAAACUCUCCAAGGUCGGACAAGCUUUACUCCAGGGAAACACAGAGAGAACCGUCUGGCAGUACCACUUUCGGACCUGGCCGGACCAUGGCGUGCCCAGUGACCCUGGAGGUGUGCUGGACUUCCUGGAGGAGGUCCACCACAAGCAGGAGAGCAUCAUGGAUGCAGGCCCUGUCGUGGUUCACUGCAGUGCUGGAAUUGGCCGGACAGGAACAUUCAUUGUGAUUGAUAUCCUUAUUGACAUCAUUCGAGAGAAAGGUGUGGACUGUGACAUCGACGUUCCUAAAACCAUUCAGAUGGUGCGGUCCCAGAGGUCAGGGAUGGUCCAAACAGAAGCACAGUACCGGUUCAUCUACAUGGCCGUCCAGCAUUACAUUGAGACGCUGCAGCGCAGGAUUGAGGAGGAACAGAAAAGCAAAAGGAAAGGACACGAAUAUACCAAUAUUAAAUAUUCCCUGGUGGACCAGGCAAGUGGUGAUCAGAGUCCCCUGCCACCUUGCACCCCAACACCACCCUGUGCGGAAAUGAGGGAGGACAGUGCUCGAGUCUACGAGAAUGUGGGCCUCAUGCAGCAGCAGAGGAGUUUCAGAUGAACCCCACAGGUGGCAGCACACAGAUGCGAACUUUCACCCCUUCCCCAAAAAUGUCAAGGAUAGACAGAACGUUUCCAAGACCCACGUGUUCAGAAGCUCGCCGGGGUUGACUGACUGCCCCCCGAGAAGCGAAGUUUGGAACCAUUUGAAGAGCAUGUGUCUAAUUGGCACCUAUUCUCCUCAGCUAAGGAGAAACUGCUCUACGUUGUCGACAAUGCUAUUUUCAUAGAAUUGGUUUUGAGUUGUGGAAGCAGCUAAAUUGUGCUCUGUAUUUUAUAUAUUAUGGGACUCAAAUUCUAGUUAUGGGCAGGAUUUUCUUUGUUUCUUUUUUUGACCUUAGCAGAUCUGAUUUUUUUUCUUCCUCUCUCUUUGGGGAAUCAUGGGCCCCUUGUAAGAAGAAAGGAUUGGGGGAAAUUCAGGAGCAGCCUCCUCGAAAAGCCAGCAGUUUGUAAAGCACUGCUCAUCUUCCUGCGCUGCACGGGGCUCCCGAUGCACUGGCCAGUGGUUGCUGAGGUUCACAGUCAUCACAGGGACUUACUAUUUAGCUCCAGGGGUCUGGAGACCAGGCUGUAGGGUUGCACCUGGCGAGGGCCAUCUGGCUGGGAAGGCACAAAGGCAGGCUUCACUUUUACAGCAAAUCUGUGAUGACACACCCUCAAGACCCAGCCAUCCCUUAGGGUCCCGUCUGUCCACACCAUGGCAUUGGGGAUUCUUUGUGCUCUCUGCAGAUGCAUGUUGGGGCACAUUCAACACAGACUGACCCAGUCGAAGACAGUUCACUUUGGUGGCUUCUUUAGUGAAAUGAUCAUUCACCCAUUGUAUGAGAGGGUCAAGGGGUAGAAAGUCAUGGCUGGAAGGCUGUGGGAAUUGCCAUAUAAGAAGUCUUUCCUCUGAAGAUGACUCCUUGGCUUCAGGUGUAGAGAGAGAAGCUGUUCUGGGAAAAGUGACCGUGUUGUCUUUGCACUGGAGUCACCAUCUUAUAUUAGUAAGACCCCUGGGUGAGCGGCAUUGGUCCUCACUUGUUCCUGAUUGACACCACCCCACCCCAUUCUUCAGUCUGGUCUGGAUUGCAUGAGCCCCACUGUCCUGUGGUGGUCACUUGGGAAGUUGGCAGCAUGGCUGAGACACUGGGCUUCUGUCUCAAUGUGUUGUCUUCCAGGUUUCUUCUCCUGGGUGUCUGUAGCCUCACCAGUAGGGUGGCUGGGCCCUUAUGUGUUCCCUAGGGCACAAAUGCAGAGGUGACCAGGCCUUCUUCAGACUCAGACCUAGAAUGACCAUGAUUUCUUCCUCGGCUGCCUGUGAGGGAAUCAGGCUCAGCCUGAGGUGUAAAGUGGAGGUGCCAUGCUCUUGGACUACCAGUCUGUCAGAAAGCCUCAGCCUGUGCCGGGGAAGCAAGUGGCUGCAGUUAGCAAGAGCUAAGACUGCUUAUAGUAGCUGGUGUAAACUGUCAGAUGGGAAAUGGAUAGCAGACCUUCUAGAAGCUUCUGAGCCUAUUUUUCUGGCACCACAUGUGUGCUGCAUCAUCCUUACCUGAAGACUGGGUGUGGUAGUGUGGAGGACGCAUGGGAGCUCAUUUCUUAAGCACCAUAGAUGGGUGAAGGUGAUGCUUCUUGGGCCUUGGCUGAGUGAGAAGAGUGGGGGUCCUGGCCAGGCCACCUGUCAGGUCCAGUUAGCCUCUUCUCUAACCAGGCAGCAGGAUUUGCUAAUGUUCUGCCGUAAGUGCCUUCUCCAGAGAUGCCCCUCUGCCCCACUCCCUUGAGAGCGUGUUUCAGGAGCUUCCGGAUUGACGCUCAUGACCAAAUAAUGGCACGGUCUCCGCUUGCAUUAUUCUUGCUUUUAGUUCCUGAAAGGAAGGAUUGGACUCUGUCCUGCAGUCGCUCCUUUCUGAGGCCUCCCACUCCCUGUCAGUCUGAGGUAGUUGGGGAGUACAGGGCCCCACCAUCUUCUUAGCAUGUGUGUUGAUCCUUGCCCCUUUUCCACUGAACUCAGAAUUGCUCAGAGCACAGCAUGGCCUGGCAGUGUUCCCUUAUCAGGAACUUAGAGACUCCAGUCUUCUUGGCAAGCCUGGAACAAACAGCAUUUUCAGCCAGGAUCCUAAAUCCUCUUCUUUUUAUUUAGCACAUCAUUACAAUGAACCGUGUUGGGGUUGGUGGUAAUGUUUAGACUCUGGACUUUGGGGACUAACUCUGUCGCCAGCACACAGAGGCUAGCUGAGCAGCUGAUCUCCUGAGUUAACAUUUCUGCCUGCCAGGAGCAGAAAGACCUGUUCUUGGUCCACUGUGUUCAGGACAGCAAGUGUUUUCCUUCAGUUUCCCCUCCCAGAAGCCAACCAGCUGUCACCCCAAUAGGGAAACAGAUUCUUAAAGAGUCCCUAGGUCUCCUGGAUCUGUUCAGUAUGGUAGGUGGUGGUUGCAGGGUCUCAGGAGAGGGCAUUCUGUGUUGGAGGUGGGUGUGGUGUCUAGGAAGAUGAUGUAUUGCUGGUGUGGAUUUGAAAUAGUGGAAAUGAAAGUUGCAUAGGUGGUUCAUGAGCAAGUUGGAGGGCAGAGGGCCAGAGCAGCCAGCGUGUGAACAUCGGCUUCCUGGGCAUGGAGGAACAGCACUGAGCAGACUGGACAUGGCAACAUGGUCCCCUCGCUGCUGAGCCUUUUGAGUCAGAAGCCUAGGGUUUUAUAUUGGGGGAGAAAUGGUCUAGCACAUGGUAUUGGUUUCUAGAAAGCUACACUUCAGAGUCUUAAUGGCCUGUCAACACAGGCAUGUGGCCCUCUUGAUGCCCCAGGUUACCUCUGCCAUUACAGUUGGUGUCUUUCUAAUGGCGAAAUGGGGGUUAGAAAACAGCGGCCUUGAACAGAUCAGAAGUGAGCAGCUUUAUUUCUAGGGGUUUUUCUGGGAGUUCAAGAACAUAAGCCUUGUUUCCCUGCGCUGGGACUGAGGUAGGUACACUAAUGAGGGAGACAGACUGCAGGCGGAGGCAGGCGCAGGCUCCACCAACCUGCCUGUUGUUGGAGCCAUUUUACAGCACAGUUGCUCUGGCUUCAGAUGCCUUAGGGUCUGUGCUAGCCCACCAUUUUGUUGAAUCUUUUUCCCCGUCUUGGAAAGAUAAGCUCCCGAGUAGAGCUUAUGACAUCUCCCAUCACUAGCAGCUUGCUGCUUUUUCAGAGUGGGCGGGACACAGGGGAGAGCAGAGAGCAGUUGCUGUCAGUCCUGUAAAACUUGGUUGUGCAUCAAACUAAUUUUCACAACUUUUCCUCCUAAAUCUCAAUUGUGGGAUUAAUCAUUUGCCUCUUUAUUUAUGACCUAGUUGUGACUCUUUCAUUAAUAAAAGCUAAUGGGAAAGGCCCUUCCCUGAAGCCAAUGACUAGACUCACCUUUAACUUCCCCACAGCAAAUGAAGCAUCAGGCAGAGUAUUAAAGAAAUAUAAUAUUUUAUUGAUAAAUCUGUCCUUUAAAAGGAACAUGUUUUUGGGUGUCAUCAUUUUGGUGUGAAUCAUGUAAAUGUUGGCUGUUUGCUGUUUAUUACACUUUAGUGUCAGGAGACGCACUCAGCUGGCUUUCUGCCCACGCAUAUUGUGUAGUCUGCAAUUUUUUAAAAGUGACAUUAACAGAAUAGUUCAUGUAGAGAAACCUCAGAGGUUGUCUCCUCCCCACCUGUGUCAUGAGUGUCAGCUGCUUUCUUAGCUGAAGUUGUCAGAGUAUAUCUGCAUAUACUCCGUGUAUCAUCAGAGGCAGUGUAUUUGUGAGCUGUCUGGAACUGAAAAUUAGAAUAAAACCAUUUUCUUGUA